AUGAGUUCACUCAGCAGCCUUUGGACAUUGGGGAGAUACUCAGAGGAGAGUCACUACUCCUCCUCACCUAAAGGAGCCAACCGAGGUGUUCUGGGCAUGUCCCACCAGGUGGAGGGCACACCCAGUACAAAAAAUGUCCUGAAGUACCACGGUCAGCAACUUCUUCUAUCAAACCAGCAUCCAUCUUUUAAGAACCGGGUGGAUCUGCAGGACAGACAGAUGAAGGAUGGAGACAUGUCUUUGAUUCUGAAGGAUGCGACGAUUAAUGACGCUGGAGCGUACGAGUGCCGUGUCAUUCAGAGAGGAAUAAACCAAGAGAAGCUCAUCAGCAUCAUCACACUGAGUGUUGUUGAUCCUCCAGACCAAAAACACAUCACAGCUGAGUCUGGACACACCGUGACACUGCCAUGUCGAGCUCCAAAUGACGACAUAACCAUCACAGCUGUAGAGUGGACUAGAACUGAUCUGAAGAACGAAUAUGUUUUUUUUUACCGCAACAAGGGUUUUGAUCCUGCCAACCAGCAUCCAUCUUUUAAGAACCGGGUGGAUCUGCAGGACAAACAGAUGAAGGAUGGAGACGUGUCCUUGAUUCUGAAGGAUGUGACGACUGCUGAUAACGGAACAUACGAGUGUCGAGUUGCCCAGAGAAAAACAAACGAAGAAAUAGCAACUUUGAACCUCAUCAGCAGCAUCUACCUUCAUGUUGAUCCUCCAGGUCAGACAGGAGGAGACACAGAGGAAGGAUCUGCUGGGCUGAUUGUUGGUCUGUCAGUUUUGGGGGUGAUUUUAGUUUCUGCAGCUCUUAUAUCUGUUUAUGUUUAUUCUAACAAAAAUCAAAAUGAAAGCUUCAGAACUAUGUUCAAGCAUUUGAAACAAUGUAAGAGAACGUGA